AUGUGCAGAAGAUGCACUGAUCGAAGUCUUCAUAGAAUAGAUUCUAGUCUUAGUCAAGAUAAGAUGUCGGCAUCAAAGUUGAAAGAGUUAGAGCGAGCCUUGAAGAAUGGAGAACUUAAUGCUGAUGAGCAAAGGAAGAUCAAAGAACUUCUGCAAGGAAGGGAAAAGAAAGAUGAAAAGGUUGACUUUCUUUAUAAGAACAGUCGUACAGACAAUGAAGAAUACUUACUGGGAAAACGCAUUGACAAAUACUACAAGGAUGAGGAUGAGCAACAAAAUGAACCAAAAAAUGACAGUGUAGCUAUUGGGGCACUAUUCCAAGAUGACAACCUUGCUGGGAGAGCUAAGAUUGACAUGGGGGUGAAGAUGAGGGAGGACCCUCUCUAUGCAAUCAGGGAAAGAGAAGCAGAUGCAAGACGCAAAUUGUUGAAUAACCCGGUGAAAAUGAAGCAACUUCAAAAAGUGAUUGAAGAGAAAAAAUCCAAAGAGAAAAAACACAAGAAGAAAAAGAAGAAAUCGGGAAAGGAUGAGGAUGAUGAACUAUUAAACAAAUACCUUGCAUUGAUGGGAAAAUCAAAAAAACAGAAGUCUGAGUCAAGUGAUGAGGAUGAAGUUGAGCAUAGAAAACAUGACAAGAAGCAUAAACACAAAAUCAAAGACUCAAAAAGAAAUAAGGAGCAGAGUGAACUCAUUGAAUAUGAAAGUAAACAUGGAAAUCAGCAUUCUAAACAUGAAUAUUCUCAAUCUAGAAGAAAUAGAUCACCAGAUUCUCUUAGACAUAAAAGGCGCAAUAGCCCAGAUAUUAGGAGAAAAAGACAUGAUUCAUCGAGCCCUGAUAAUAGACGAAAAAUGCAAAAAAGCCCAGAAAAAAGGAGUAAAAGACAUGAUUCAUCUAGCCCUGAUAAUAGACGUAAAAGACACAAUAGCCCAGACAUUAGGAGAAAAAGACAUGAUUCGUCUAGCCCUGAUAGCAGACGUAAAAGACACAAUAGUCCAGAAAAAAGGAGAAAAAGACGUGAUUCAUCUAGCCCUGAUAAUAGAAGAAAAAGACACAAUAGCCCAGACAUUAGGAGAAAAAGACAUGAUUCAUCUAGCCCUGAUAGCAGACGUAAAAGACACAAUAGUCCAGACCUUAGGAGAAAAAGACAUGAUUCAUCUAGCCCUGAUAAUAGACGUGAAAGACACAAUAGCCCAGACAUUAGGAGAAAAAGACAUGAUUCAUCUAGCCCUGAUAGCAGACGUAAAAGACACAAUAGUCCAGAAAAAAGGAGAAAAAGACGUGAUUCAUCUAGCCCUGAUAAUAGACAUAAAAGAUCUUUAAGCACAGAUUUAAAAAGACAAAGACAUGAUUCUUCAAGCCCUGAUAAUAGGCUAAAAAGACGCAAUAAUUCUGAUUUGAGAUUAAAGAAACACAAUUUGUCAAGUCCUAAUAUAAAGAAAACAAGACAUGAUUCAUCAAGUCCAGAAAGAAACCCAACUGUCCAUCAAGAUUCAAGUGAUAGUGAUAGCAGUAGUGAGGAUGAGAGGGAGCAGACACAAGAUAAACCCAAGCUGCAGUAUGGCCUUAUUGGUGGGAAAAAGAGAUCACCUGGUACGGCUGCCCCAGUUUACAAACCUGUAAAGAAGGUGGAACCAGAACCUGCCAAAAAAGCUGUUCAAAAGCGCAAAUUGACAGAAGCAGAAAAAGAAGAGAAAUUGCGUGAAAUGAUGGAUAAUGCCAAAUGGCGAGAUGACCAGCGAGCGGAGAAUGUGAAACGCUAUCGUGAAGAAGACUCUAAAGAAGAAGAUGAUCUCUCCACCAGAACCCAAUCAGCUGCUGAUUUUGUCAAGCCUUUGAUGGCAAGCCAUGCAUCACAAAGCUCUGUUGAGGACCGGAUCAAAAGAAAUAUUUACAAUGUCCAGAAAUCCAAGUCAUCGUCGGGCAGUGUGUGGAGAAAAUGAGCAAUUAAAGGAAUAUAAUCCGAGUACACCAUCAGACAGUGUGUUGGCGAGCCAUAAAACUGUUUGACUAUUACAGAUAAUUGUACAUUUUGGAUACUGAUCACAUUGAUCUCAAAUGCAAUAUGGACAUGGAUUUAUAUGUGGAAUGAAUAUUAGUAGACAGAAAUGUAUUUUUUAUGAUCUUACUUUACAUUCUGAUUGGAUAUGAACAAGAUUGAAGAAUUAAUGUCGCGUGUAAAUAUGAGACAAAGUGGAGAUAUUAGAAGUGUACAUUUUUUAUAUAGUUGAAAUAUACUGUUGAGCAGGAUAUUUUUGUGUAAGAGAAUAUCUGACAGAUCCAAUUCCUAUUUACACUUCACAUGUUCUCAAAUAUAGCAUAAUUGUUUUUUAAUUGGUCCAUAAAUUAUAUACUGUAUUUGUCUUUAAUUUG